AAACAAUUCUUCUCGACCUGAGAUCUGAUUGCAUAAUCAGGGAAAAUCUUGGGCCACAUGUUUGACAACUUUGGACUGAUCAUUCCUCGUGGAGGACGUUGUUUUCCACAGUUUGAUCUAGAAGCUCAGUUUUUCUUUAUUAGGGGAUCACCCUAGGCAUUCCUUGGCUACCUGAACAAGAAAGAAUGGCCGGUUCUGGUUGUAGCAGUAAUGCUCAGCGUGAGCCUCUGCUCGAAAGGCCCAAUGGUGUCUACUUUGAAGGCUGCGAAGCAUGCCUGUUAGAACGUAGAAAAGACCAACAUGGAAGCUAUCCGCUCAAAGAGUUUUUCUUUGUUGGGAUGGUUGUUCUUGUCAAUGCUCUUCCCAUUUCUUCCUUGUUUCCCUUCCUCUAUUUCAUGGUUAGAGAUUUUGACAUAGCCAACAAAUAUGAAGACAUAGCAACGUAUGCUGGUAUCCUGGGAUCAUCGUUCAUGGUGGGACGUUUUCUGUUUUCUGUAUUAUGGGGAGUUGCCGCAGAUCGAUAUGGCCGCAAGCCAGUUAUCAUCAUUGGUGCCAUCUCUAUAAUCUUAUUCAAUACGUUGUUUGGGUUAAGUGUAAACUAUUGGAUGGCCAUUACAACAAGAUUUUUACUUGGAUCUUUCAAUGGAUUGAUUGGUACGAUAAAAGCAUAUGCAACAGAAGUCUCAAGAGAAGAACAUCAUGCUACAGGCUUGUCAAUUGUGACAACCACAUGGGGAAUUGGUUUGAUUAUUGGUCCAGCAAUUGGAGGGUUUUUGGCACAGCCUGUACAAAAGUAUCCUUCUAUUUUCUUACCAGAUUCAGUUUGGGGAAGAUUCCCAUACCUUUUACCAUGCGUCGUUAUAUCAUUCUUUGCAGUGCCAGUUCUUGUGCUUUCAUUUUUACUUCCGGAGACAUUACAUAAACAUCCUCAUGAGGAAGAGGAAAAAUGUGACCUCAAUGGAGUUGGCAUUGAUGUUGAGAAAGAAGAGUCACAAAAUGAUAAGGCAUGCAUCAAUGGAGUUGGCAUUGAUGUUGAGAAAGAAGAGUCACAAAAUGAUAAGGCAUGCAUCAAUGGAGUUGGCAUUGAUAUUGAGAAAGAAGAGUCACAAAAUGAUAAGGCAUGCAUGAAAGAAAAGAAAGGAAAGAUGGCAAAUUUGAAGUCAAUCAUAAACAACUGGCCAGUGAUGUCAACAAUCAUAAUAAACUGUAUUUAUUCUCUUCAUGACAUUGCAUAUUCAGAGAUAUUUUCUCUUUGGGCUGUAAGUCCUAAAAGACAAGGAGGAUUGGGUUUUACUACGAGUCAGGUUGGUGCAGUCCUUGCGAUCUCUGGUUUUGGACUGUUAAUAUUCCAACUUACAACUUUCUCGCCAUUGGCUAAGCUCUUUGGACCUAUCCAUGUAACUCGUACCUCAGCAAUUUUAUCUAUACCAUUACUUUCAGCAUACCCAUUUAUAGCUCUACUAGGGGAUAAAGCCUUAUGGAUCAUCAUUAAUUGUGCAUCGUUACUGAAAAAUAUCUUAUCUGUGAUGACUAUUACGGGAACUUUCCUCCUCCUAAACAAUGCUGCGGCUCGAGAUCAAAGAGCAGCAGCAAAUGGGCUUCAGAUGAGUGGAAUGUCACUUUUUAAAGCAAUAGGACCAGCAGCAGCCGGUAUUCUUUUUUCAUGGGGACAGAGGAGUCAAAAUACAGAUUUCCUUCCAGGAUUUAACAGGGUCUGUUUCAUUUUAAAUAUUGUUGUUAUUAUUUUCGUUAUUAUGACAUUUGAUCCUAUCUUACCUCAUUCCACCAACAAACCUCUAGCAGACGAUGGAAGUGAUUUCAUGCCUGAAAAGCAAGGACACAUUAAGCGAGAAAAUGAUUCAUUUUCAUGAUUUUUUACCCAUAUUUCCCAAUUCUAUAUGUACAUUAUUCUGAGAUGUCUUCUAACCUUAGAAGCUCCUUGGAUGUCCAUGGUGAAAAAAUUCCAUAAGCUGCCAGAUCAGUCUGACAAUCUUUCCAUUCAUUUAUUAAAUGCUCAAAUUUAUAGGUUUUGGUGAGCCAACCAUUUGAAAUGGGAGGCAAUUUUCAUCUAAAAUAUUGAGCUAUGUAUCCAUUAUCAAGUUCUCUUUUCUUUAUAUUGGCAUACCAUAUAUAUAUUUGUAAGCUGGAAUAUUGAUUUAUGAUUUGUAAUCUUCAUGGAACAGCAGAAUAUAUGCAAGGCAACAUUAACACAAAAAUGUUUUCAUUCAA